AUGUGGUACCAUACAGGGCAUUACAAAAAAUACAUAUGGUGUGGUUGGUUUUCAUGGUAUACUGUAUUGUACAAAUAUGAAAUGGGCCAUACACUUUCAGAGCCUGUGACUGUAAAGAACACAUCAAGUUGUGAGAACCAUUACGUCAAAGUAGGAUCCUCUUGCAUGCAGGGAUGGCGCAUCAACAUGGAAGAUGCACAUACCCAUCUUUUGACAUUACCUUCAGAUAAAGAUAGCUGUUAUUUCGGAGUAUUUGAUGGCCAUGGAGGAGCCAAAGUUGCACAAUAUGCUGGGAAUAAUUUGCACAAAAGAAUAGUAAAUAAUGAAUAUUACAGUCGAGGAAAUAUUGCUGAGGCAUUACGACAAGGAUUUUUGCAUUUGGACACUGAAAUGCAGAAAGAUGAAGCCAUGAAGGAUGAGCUUGCUGGUACCACUGCUCUUGUAGUUCUGCUGAAAAACAAUAAAAUAUUUUGUGGUAAUGUUGGAGACUCCAGAGCAGUAGCAAGUGUUGCUGGUCGGGUUGAGGCCCUCUCAUUUGACCAUAAACCAAGCAAUGAUAAUGAAACACGCAGAAUAGUGGCCGCAGGUGGUUGGGUUGAACUUAACAGAGUCAAUGGUAACCUUGCUUUAUCAAGAGCCUUGGGAGAUUUUGUGUUCAAGAAAAAUGAUAAAAAGAAACCUGAAGAGCAAAUAGUAACAGCAUUCCCAGAUGUAGUGGAAAAAGAGAUCAACCCUGACUAUGAAUUUGUGAUAUUAGCCUGUGAUGGAAUCUGGGAUGUCUUGGAAAAUGAAGAUGUUGUGAAAUUUAUACGAGCUCGUAUUGCUCAGAAGAUGCAACCAGAAACAAUUUGUGAGGAAUUGAUGACAGCUUGUCUCGCCCCAGAUUGUAAUAUGGGUGGACUGGGAUGUGACAACAUGACAGUGGUGCUGGUGUGUUUCUUGCAUGGAGGAACCUACGAUGAUUUAGCCAAGAAGUGCAGCCGGCAAGCGUCCCAUACCAUAAGUGCUCUUCACAACGACAAUUCAUUAAACUCUUUAGAUUUGAAAUAA